GUCAAAUGCAUUAACACUAAACCUACCAGCCGUCUUAACAUCAUUUUACAAGUCACCUAUUUAUAGUAUACAAUACCAAGUGGUUAAAAAAACAGUUUAUUACGAGCAGUCAUAUUUAUCCUCAAAAUCUGUGUGAGAUAUUUAUUCUAUCACCUGUUUAGCUUCGGAAUUAAGCGCCAUCAUGAGCCCCCAAACCGUACGAGAAGAGCAACUACCGCUUAUCCAUCCUCCCCCAUCCAAUUCAGAGCCAGGGGAAACAUUUCCUUAUAAAUAUCAUGAUACGCGGUUUCCCGGUAUCAGGCGCCCAUUGUAUGAUAGCUGCACACGACCUGAAGAUCACUUCAAAUCUAAAAAGCGGUCACGUAGUAAUUCACUUGAUGCCAGUUUACUUCGUAUAAAAAACCACGAAUCACAUUUCGCGUCAAAGUCCCCCCCUAUAGGAGUUACCAGGACAAGGUCGGGAGAACCGCCCCAAAUAAUUCCUAACACAUCUUCACUACAAGUAUCCCCGGUCGAGAACAUCGACAUUCGACCACCUACUGUCAAGGAAUUCAUUUCCCGAAAAGAUCCCAAGAUAGCCGCCUGGCUUGAUAUUGACGACCCGAGACCACCAACUCUAGUAAAGUCUUAUCCGACAUACGCGACCUCAGACUCCAUCACAAUGGACGGUACUCAGACUACAACCGGUAAACGCAAGGGAUAUGAUUUAAUGAAUGAAAGAUUUCGGUCCCAUACUCUCGGUCUUAAUUCGAUCGAGAUACAAGAAAGCUACACUAAGGUUCCAGAGUGGGUUCAGAGGCAGCUGAACGAGAUACAUGCUUGCCCAAUAGAUGACAUUCCCAACAAUAUACACGGGAUACAUAGGAGAUAUUCGAAUGUUGCUACUGAGGGAACAUACGAGGCUGAGUAUGUCGAUGAACUUAUUAAGGCUUUCGACCUCAUGCGUGAAAACUGGGUUGAAGUUAGAAAGACGAAAGCUUCACAGGAUACCAAUAACCCUCCGGGUCUUACGGCUUUUAAUGACGAUAGAGAAAUCCAAAAUCGUAUAGAACUUGAACAAUUAGAGACAUUAAAACAUGCCGUUUCCGCAGAUACAGAAGACCCCGAGGCCUCUCUAUCCACGAGUCUGCUUAAGUAUAACAUUAGAGUUCCAUUUCUUCCCGAAACUUGCUCCCUAAGGAAAUGGAAAAGGCCAUUGAUGAUCCCGGUGCCGGAUAUACUUUUCGAGUAUAAAUCUUCGCGCAUACCCGAGAUGUCUGAUCUAGACGAAAGAGCAUCGGAUACAUAUGCCUGCCAAUGUUUCUGGCCUAAUAAUAGUAACCUUUGUUUUCCGUAUAUGGUCCUAGAAAUAAAAGGGCACAGGGAAUCCAUAAUCAAAGCCGAGAAUCAAGAGAUUAUUAGUGGCCGGAUAUCCUUAGAUACUACUUGGCCGAUACUUGGAAACCGAGAUAUGGUUUUUCUUAUUAGCACAACGCCAUACCUUGCACACAUUUCCGUCAUGUGGAGGGAUAUAAGCCAGGCUACGCAACAGCCGUAUUACAAAGUGAAGUUCCUCACCGGUUUUGCCUUGAUGAAACUCGAAGAAUUUAAAGGAUUCCGAACAUUAUUGUAUCGUAUACAAUAUUGGGCGGAAACGAACAAGCUAAAGCAAAUCCAACAAGGAUUGAAAAAAAUGGAAGGACGAACUAGCACAACGUAUAUAAUCGAAACCAAGUUGAGAUUCACUUUAUUUUUAUUUUCAAGAGAUAAUUGACUAACCUAGGUUAACGGCUUGCUAAAUGACUGUCUGAUUAGGUUGUAUGUAUCUCUCAAGGUAGGUAGGUAGGUAGUCAACCCUAUUAGGUGACUUGAACACUCUAUUUUCUCGUAAUUGUUAGUGUCGCUGGUUCUCACGAUUUCACGAUUUCACGAUUUCACGAUUUCACGAUUUCACGAUCUCAACAUAGAUGAUCAAUCAAUUCGUCAGCAAUUCUCAUUAAUAUGACUGCCUUCAACAUCCCAAUCAGUACCACGUAUCGGCUGUGUGACAUGAUGUCUUACGUGACGCAAGUGGGCUCCGCUCGCUUUCACGAAUUGGCCCGAGGUUACCUGAGAUAAUGUCUGUCAUGGCAUUAGUGACUACCAAUGAUACGGCUUCAAUGCGCGGGUUACAUUAAACCAUGGGGGGGUG